AUGGCGCCUUCAACUCGGACCUGGCUGAUCACCGGUUGCUCGAGUGGCUUUGGUGAAUUGUUCGUCAAGCAACUUCGUGCUUCGGGAGAUAAUGUUAUUGCUACCGGACGCAAUGCAGAAACGCGCCUUGGUCAUCUCAAGGGUCAUGGUGCAAGCAUCAUGGACCUUGAUGUUUCUGCACCUUCAGAUGUAAUCGACACUAAAAUGACCGAAGCAUGGGGCUUGCAUCCUGGUGGUAUUGAUGUGGUAGUCAAUAACGCUGGCUACAUCUUGAGCGGCGCGAUUGAGGAACUCACCCAACAAGACAUGGAAGACAUCUUCAGGACCAAUUUCCAUGGCCCUCUCAAUAUCACACGGGCUUUGCUUCCCAGGAUCCGCGCCAAAGGAAAAGGUGCCGUUGAAUGUCUGGCUCAAGAGUUGGCAAUAUUUGCGCCAGGUGUCAAGGUAUUGAUAAUCGAGCCCGGAUAUUUCCGUACACGAGCCUUUGGAAAUAUCAACCACGUCCCCCCACGCGUGGAAUGUUAUUCCGAGUUCAAUGCGGCCGUGCGCAAGGUUGAAGCUGGGAUAGUUGGCAACGAACCUGGCAACGCAGACAAAGCAGUUGAGAUCAUGAUAGAUCUGGUGAGGGGUACCGGUGUUGCAGCGGGAAAACAGGUACCCCUGCGCAUACCCCUCGGAAGUGACGGAUGGGCGAGGGUAAAGGCUAAGUGCGAGAACACGAUCAAGAUCUGUGAUGAGUGGGAGAAUGUGGCCAAAAGCACUGAUAUCGAGCAAGCAGAACAUUUUUCCUAG